AUGUAUACGACAUCCCUUCGAGGGAAGUGGUUGGUCAUUGCGAUCACAGCAUGCUGCUGCCAGGGAUUCUUAUUGCUAGGUUACGACCAAGGCGUGAUGUCUGGUAUUAUUGGUGCAGAUAAUCAGUUUGGACGCGACUUCGGGAAUCCAAAUCCUACGACGCAGGGAACGAUAGUCGCGAUAUACGAUAUAGGCUGUGCAGUGGGAAGCCUUUUUGUAUUUGUAUUCGGAGAACGCAUUGGGAGAAAGAGGAUGAUUAUGGCUGGCGCAAUCACUAUGAUCAUUGGUACCGCAAUCCUUACGAGCUCGACAACAAGGGCCCAGCUAUAUGCUGGACGAAUUGUGACUGGUAUCGGCAAUGGCUUCAAUUCGUCCUCCAUCCCUGUAUACCAGUCUGAAACAUGUGGAGCUCAUAUUCGUGGCUCUUUGGUGUGUCUCAACUCAACUAUCACUAUCGUUGGGCUUGUCAUAGCAUAUUGGCUGGACUACGGCAUGUCAUUCGUCAGCGGGCCUGCUCAAUGGCGUCUUCCGGUCGGCUUUCAAGCGUUCUUUGCGGUUUGCCUUCUUCUCCAAGGAAUGGUCCUCCCGGAUUCUCCCCGUUGGCUAAUCGCGCGCGGUAGGAUAGAGGAGGGCACAAGGAUAUUAGCCCAACUGGAGGAUAAAGAGUUAGACGACCCAGAAGUUCUCGAGAAGAAGAAAGAAAUCGAGGUAUCACUGAUGCAAGAGAGUGCUGGAGGGCCUUUCCGCUAUCGCGAGUUGCUCGAAGGAGGACCCUUGGGGAAUUUCAGGAGGAUAUGUCUGUGUGUGGGCGUGAACGUGAUGCAGCAAUUCACGGGAGCGAAUAUGAUCAACUAUCUCGCACCUAUUGUGUAUCAGAACACCAUGGGCUUGUCGCGUAACUUGUCACUUCUCCUUGGCGGUGGGACAGCAUGCACGUACAUGGUUGCUUCAUUUAUUCCCCUCUGGACUGUAGACCGAUUCGGCAGAAGACCUUUGUUGAUGAUUUCCGCGGCAGGACAAUCUCUAUGCUUCAUCAUCGUGUCAAUUUUGUUGUCAACAGGCUCGACAAACGCCGCGUACGGUGCGACGGCCUUCGUGUUUAUCUUCCAAAUCUUCCUCGGAAUAGGAUACCUACCAAUUCCGUGGCUGUACCCUGCCGAGAUCACUACGACGCGUAUCCGUUCGCGAGGCUCCGCCAUCGCAUCGUUCUUCAACUGGAUGUGCGUCUUCGCCGUGGUUGAGAUGACACCCCCAGCGAUAGCCAACAUCAACUGGAAAGUUUUUAUCAUAUUCGCCAUUACGAACGCACUAUGGGUCCCACUUGUAUAUGCGUUCUUCCCAGAGACGAAAGGCUUGGAGUUGGAAGAUAUCGACUACAUCUUCGAAAAGGGUGGAAUCACAGGCGGCGUGUGGUCAAGUAAAGGCGGAAGAACGGUGGAGAAGAGGAAACUCGCGAAAGACGUGGAGAUCAUGGAAAAGGAGAAAGACAGCAUGCAAGACAAGUCAUGAGCAUAACAACGCAUUUUCCCAAUCCCUCAGCCCACCGUAUUGUAUACUGACAGAAUCAGCUCUAGUCAUCAUCAUACAUAGCUAACAUAACUCAUUUACUGUAAUUGUAUCUUCUCAUUCG